UGAUGGAAAUCUAUAAUCAGAUGAAUGGGAUUAAGGAGUCCAUAUCUUAAUUGGAAUAUUACACAGCUCUUGAGAAAUUAGAAUGGAAAUCUCGUUAGGAUAGAGAAUUUGAAGAGGAAGGGAUGACAAUUUAUUUAGAAAAUUUUGCUGAUGUGAGUGAGAGUAUGCUUACUUUAGGUGUAAAGAUUGCUCAAGCAAAGACUCACUUCUGAAAAAAAGGAGAAGGAUGGCUUAGAACUCUUUCUUCAUGAGACAUACUUUAAAGUCAUAAAUCUUCUAAAACGCCUAAUUAUAGAAAAAGUAUCAUUAUAUUAUUCAUUGACAAAGGAUAAGUUGAUUGAGACUGACACAAGAGAAUUGGCUAAGAUUAAACAUCAGGCUAGAGAAGAUGCCUAAAAGCGCUUUGAUGAAUUCAACUUUUUACUUUAAAAAAUUAAAGAAGGUAAAAUUGGACAAUUAAAUUAUUAGUGUUUGAUUCUACAAAUAUUUAAGAUAUUUUUAAAACUUUAGAAUUAUUAGAAUCUAAGAUCAUGAUUGGUCUUUUUAAAUCAAAUCCUAGUUAGGAAUUAGAUUUCUUUAUAAAAGGAGUAGAUAGAUUGUUUAAAUUAAGCAAUCAUUCUAAUUCAAGAAAUGAAGCUUUACAAUUAUUAAGUUUAAUGCACAGUGUCAUAUAAGAGACACUUAUUGGAAUGAUGAAUGAAUAGUUAGAAUCUUCCUUUGAUCUCUUGGAUAAAGAACUUUUCUAUACUCAAUCUAAAAACACUCAUUAAUAGGCUAAGGAAUCUUUGAUCAAUCUCCUUAAUAAAUUUGAAGGUAUUAUUAAUUAAUAUCUAUUUAAAAGUAACAGGAGCUAAGUUCUGGAAUGAGUAAUUACAAAUAAAUGGAAAUGAAGAUCAUUAGAUUUAAAUGUUUUAGAGUUUUCUUGAUUAAGCUAUGUUGAUGAGUAAUCGAUCAAUUCAAUAUCAUCAACAAUUAUCAGACACUCUUAGAGCUAUGUUGGAACGUUUUCUUUAACGUUGA